AUGCUGCAGGGCGCGCUCGUCGGCCUCGCGGCCAAGGCCAAGGCUGCGUCCGCGAAGGUCGGCGACGUGGUGGGCGAUUUCCUAGACAACUCCGUCGACAACCCGCUGUACGAGGACGACGAGGACGCGGAGUGGAGCGAGGAUGGGGACGAUGAAGAUGAAGAUCUGGACGGCACGGACGACGGGAUCGACUCGCCCGCGCCGGCGCCCUCGCAGAGCUCGGCGCUCGCGCAGCUGAGGGCGAGGCUCGCCGCGGAACGCGCCAAGAAGGCGGGGGACGCGUCAGAGGCGCGUGCCAAGCCGUCAUCCUCCGCGACGAGCGGCCUCAUGCCCGCCGAGCCCGGAAGCCUGCGGCCGUACGUCCCGAACGGAAGCCUACCCCCGGCUCCUCCGACCCCCGUCGCUCCCCAAUCGACGACCGCGCCGCCGCCGCCGCCGCCGCAACCUGAGGUUACCACCCCGACGAUGACUCCGGUUCGGCCGCCCCAGCCCCCGCGCGCCGCCGCCGCCGCCUCCCCCACCUCGGGCGUCGUCGGGGCCGUUCCGAGCGUCGUUCCAACCUCCCCGGGCGGCACGCCGAUCGCGGCGUCCAUGUCCGCUUUGGAGCAACGCGCCAGGGCGGCCGAGGAGGAGACCGCGCGGCUCCGGCGUCGGAUCGACGCCGACGCCAGGGCGGCCGAGACGGAGAAGCAGCGCGCGGUCGCCGCGGCGGUGGCCGAGGCCAUGGAGCGUGAGCAGCGGAAGGCGGCGGCGAUGAUGGAGGCGAUGGUGGAGGCGGACGGAGCCGCGUCCGCCGCUCACGACGCGGCGACGAUCGGAGCCCUCAGGGAGGAGCUUCGCGCGGUGCGAGCCGCGGCGGGCGAUGUGGAGGCGACGUGGGCGGGUAGGUUGGAAGAGGCAGCGGCGGAGGAGGAGGAGCUCCGACGGCGGUUGACUCGAGCCGAGGAGCGCGCGACGGCGGCGGAGGCCGAGGCUGCCGCGGCCAGAGCCGGCGAGGACGACAACGGCGCGGAGGCUGAGGAGCUCCGCGACGCGCUCGCGCGGGAGCGCGCCCGCGCGCGAGGGGAGAUCGAGGCGCGGGACGCGGAGAUUGAGAAGAAUCAGAAGGAGCUCGUUCGACUGCGCCACCACCUGCUCGAGCUCGAGGAGGAGGACGACGCGAAGGUCGAGGAGGCCGAGCUCAACGCGACGGCGCUGGUCAGAGAACGCGAGGAGGAGCACGCGGCGUUGGUGAACGAGCUCACCGCGCGAUUAGCCGCGUCAGAGAGGGAGCUGGAGGUGAUGCGCGUCGCCGUCGACGCCAAGGAUCGCGAGCUGGCCAACCUGCAGGUGGCGAUGGACAUCUUCAACACGGACGAGGAGGCGCGGGGGCGUUUGAGUUUGGAGGCCCAGGCGCUGCGGGAGAAGAACGCGCACCUCGCCGCGGAGCUCGUCGUGGCCAAGGAGCAGGUCACCGCGGCGAACGAGCGAGCGAGCGGGGCUGAGCGCGACGCGAGAGCCGAAAAGGAAAGAGCGGACGCCGCCGCCGCCGAGACGCAGCGCGCGAUCGGCGAGGCGGGCAAGGCGAGGCAGGCGCUGCAGCAGAGCAUGCAGCAGGCGAAGCACCUGAUGGACUCGUCGACGGAGCUUCUGGACAAGAGGAUCGUGUCCAAGCUGCUCUUGACGUACUUUGAGCGGGAGCAAUCGCCCGACGUCCUCGAGCUCAUGGCCAGGAUGCUGAACAUGAGCGAGGACGAGAAGUCGAAGAUGGGGCUGGGCGAGCGGGCGGCUGCAAAGCCGGGUCUGAUUCGGUCGGUGGCCACAGCGCCCGUGCGGGUGGCGUUCGGCGCUCUCGGGCGCUCACUCCGGAGGAGGAGAAACAGACCGUGGCGGACCAGUGGGUAG